CCAGCUCCUCCUACUCGAUAAGCUAGCCAGCUAGCUGUAGCUGCCGCUGUGAGGACGACUAGAAACCCGGUUGGGUUUUUUCAACACUGAACAUUAAGGCUCUGCUGGAUGAGACUUCACCUCAGAAAACACAAGAAACGGUCUUCACAGGACGCUUCUGCGCUGGAUAUCACGUCGCAAUGGCCAGCUAGCGAGCAGGCAGAAGCUAGCUGAGGCUAGCUCCAGGAGCUCCGGCGAACAGCAUCUAUAACUCGGCUUUUUUGCCCUUUUCAAGACGCGUUUUCGAGCCAUGCCAUCUUUGCUUUAACCGAGCUUGGAUUGAAACUAGCGGGUCAUGCUGAGAGAAGAGCGGUGUUUCCUCCGCGCCUAGCCGGGCAGCAGCAGCUUGGUGCGGCCCAGACGAAGUGGCCUGUAUCGGGGUUUGGUGAUCGGAGGAUGGCAUUUCACGGCGCAGGCCGGCAGACGGUGUGUGGCGACUUGUUUCCGGGCUCCGAGUUGGGCCACAAGUAUUUCUGUGUCAACUCCUCCUGCGGAGCCCCCUCCACGGGCCUCAGCGCCACACCGUGCCUGACCGGACCCACUGCCCCGGCCGGGACACCCCGACACCCGACAGCUCUCGGAGGGAGCACCGGCGGCGGAGCUGCGGUGCCUCAGCCUUACAGCAACCCGGCCAGCGAGGUGCCCAGCCCUGCAGAGAUGGAGCCGGACCGCCCCAUCGGUUAUGGCGCAUUUGGUGUUGUCUGGUCGGUUACGGAUCCACGUGACGGUCGAAAGGUGGCUUUGAAGAAGAUGCCUAAUGUCUUCCAGAACCUGGUCUCCUGUAAGAGGGUCUUCAGAGAGCUGAGGAUGCUGUGCUUCUUCAAACAUGACAAUGUGUUGUCAGCUCUGGAUAUUUUACAGCCUCCACAGAUCGAUUGCUUUGAGGAAAUCUACGUGAUAACAGAACUGAUGCAGAGCGACCUCCACAAAGUGAUCGUGUCUCCUCAGCCUCUCACCACCGACCACAUCAAGGUCUUCCUCUAUCAGAUCCUCCGAGGUUUGAAGUACCUGCACUCUGCUGGGAUUCUGCACAGAGACAUCAAACCUGGAAACCUGCUGGUCAACAGCAACUGCCUGCUGAAGAUUUGUGAUUUCGGCUUGGCGCGAGUGGAGGAGCCGGACCCGUCGCGUCACAUGACCCAGGAGGUGGUGACGCAGUACUACCGAGCGCCCGAGGUGCUGAUGGGCUGCCGGCACUACGGCUCGGCCAUCGACGUCUGGUCAGUGGGCUGCAUCUUCGCAGAGCUGCUGGGACGACGCAUCCUCUUCCAGGCUCAGAGCCCCAUUCAGCAGCUGGAUCUGAUCACAGACCUGCUGGGAACUCCUCCUCUGUCGGCGCUGUCGUCGGCCUGCGAAGGAGCCAGAGCCCACAUCCUGAGGGGGCCGCACAAACCACCGUCGCUGUCGGUGCUCUACAUGCUGUCUGACGGAGCCACACACGAGGCGGUGCACCUGCUCUGUCGGAUGCUGGUCUUUGAUCCGGCGAAGAGGAUCUCCGGCAGCGACGCUCUCUCCCACCCGUACCUGGAUGAAGGGCGUCUGCGCUACCACACCUGCAUGUGUCAGUGCUGCUACUCCGUUCCCAGCGGCCGAGUUUACACCCGGGACUUUGAGCCGGUAGCCGAGCGGCCGUUUAGCCACAGCUACGAGAACAGCCUGCUGUCUGUGUGGCAGGGGAAAGAGUUAAUCCAUCGCUUCAUCACGGAGCACCAGCAGGGCAAACGAGUGCCGCUGUGCAUCAACCCUCAGAGUGCUGCCUUCAAGACCUUCAUCAGGUCCACCGCGUGGCACUCCUCCAAGGUGUCCAGGAAGGAGGAGAGAUGAACGGUUCUCCUCUCUCCGCCUCGAGGAGCAACAGCAGUUUUGAGAAAGGAUUUCAUCGGCCGUCUGAAAAUACCGAAGAGAUUAGGUCAUUUUUUUUAUUUUUUGUUUUUGUUUUGUUUUUGUUUUGGAUCAUCCGGCGAGAUGCGGAGGGGAAACAACGCAUCCGACCUCCUUCUGAAAACCCUCAUUGUUUUUAUUUUUCUCUCCUCCACAAGUGAAAUCCUACAAGUUUCCCGAAUAUCAAAACUACCGCUUAACUCUUGAAAAGACCCAAACGGCUGAUGCUCAAGGCGUUUUCGGUGCUGAUUUAAAAAAAACACAAAAAAACCACAAAAAAAACCAACAAAAUGCUGCUGAAGUGCUUGAGGAGGAAACUUUAGGAAGAGGAACUGAACUCGGUACUAGAUUGGAUUUUCCAUCUAUGUUAGUAGAGACAUUUAAGGAAUAAUGGUUUUAAUUGUUUGGUAGAAUUGUUGCUUAGUUGAUUUUUGAAGUCAUUCCAGCCCUGUGCAAUAUGGUUUAAUUUUAAAAAAAAAAGCGGUGAACACACCGGGGGAACACAACACACUGAGCGUGCUCUCUUUGCCAACCGGUUUCUCAACAGCUUCAUCAUUAACCGCCAAACACCGCCAAGGUUUUCCUCUUUGUUUUUAGAUGCAUUUGAACACAUCACUCACUGUGUUUCCGUCGCUCGGUGUCUCGCACGCCGAACGUGGCGACAAUAAUGCAAUUUAUCAGAUGUAGCAGGUUUCAACGUUCCAUAUACAGUUGAUGUUGUUGUUGUUUUUUUUUUUUUUCUUCUCCUGGCUUCUUUAACCUCGUGGUGAGUGAGUUUAAAAAAUGUCAGAUCCCGGAUCAGUGUUGUUUUGACCACUCUAACCUCUUUUCAGAAAAAUCACAUUCAGCAGGAGAGAAUGCUGGGAAAUAAGAGAGAGAGAGAGUUUAAUGGGCCGUGUCUAGAUGGUAACCUUUAGAUUCGGGCGACAACCACCUCACUCCUCAUGCCUGAAACCUAACCGACCUAACCAAUGAAGGCAACGAGUACUAGCCAACCAGAGGCAGGGAGUAAGGAAGGCGGGUCUUCCCAGACUACCAUCUAGACACGACCAGUUUAACCAGUAAAGAAAGCCGUCAUUCACAAAACUUUUUUUUUUUUUUUUUGAAAUUUGACAGGAAAUGUCAGUGUUCAAGUCGUCAUGAAAUGGUGUUCAGCAGAGAAGGAAAGAUGCCAAAACCACAAAUAUUUGGCAGCUUUUUUCUUCCCGUUUCAAACACAUCUCGUGUUCUCGCCCCCCCAAAAAAAAAAUUCCCCGAGUGUUUUUAUUUUCCUGCUGACCUCCUCGGCCUCGACUUUUUUGUCCCACCAGCGGAGAGAGAAAGAGGAAGUGACGGUGUGUUUUUUUUUUGUUUUUUUGUUUUGUUUGUUUUUAAAUUUCUUAAUUUAUUGAGUGUUUGUUGAAGAGUGUGUGUGUGUGUCUCCACCUAAUGAUUUGUGUUGAAAGCGAGCCCUCUGUGCGUCCGUGGCGGUCUUGGUUACCUCAAACCCUGGAGGAGGGUCAAAAAAAAAAAAACAAACCGAACUGAAGGCUGAGGACUCCGGGGGUGCACGCGGGACAUGUGCAUAUCUAUAAACUGAAACCCUCCCGUAACGUACUGCAACUUUAACGUCAUUCCUCCAGAUUCAUUGACUUCUUUUACCUCGUGCUCGCUCCUCGUCUCUCACCCCCCCGCAGCUCAGAAUCAGCGUGAGGGGUUUGAGAGAACGGGAUGUUGUCGGUGAAAUGCUGCUGUUUUUUUUUUUUUGUUUUUGUUUUUUGGUUUAUUUGUCUGUUACUUUUCUUUGGUUUGUUGUUUUGGUUCCUGUUCAGUUUAAGGCUCAGGUGUCCAAUUUGUAGACUAUGAACUGUAUAAACCUACAUACAUAUAUAUAUAAAUAAGGAUGCAUCAGUAUUGAUCUUGGUUUGUAUCAUCAGGACGAUGACUCAGCUAAAAUCAGUAAAUAACAGAGUCCGAAUCGACACGUCAAGAGUGUCGGCUCUCUGUGGCGGCAAACUGGCAGAUAAAGUCAAACAUUUUAAUGCUGUAGUCAAGCUAAUUAGCAUCAUUUACACUUAGUAAAAUGUUAAGUGACCACACUGGUGGCUUCGCAUGUUUUACGCCUUAACUACAAACUUUACAGUUUACCAAACCAUCCUGGAAGCAAGAGACUUGAAACUUCCUGCAGAUUGAUGAUCCUUUAAACUAGAAACUAUGGCUGCAACUAGACAUUAUUUUUUAUAAUUGAUUUACUAAUUUUGUCUAAAAAAAAACAACAACAAAAAAACACUCAAGUUAAAAUCGUAAGCCUCCUGUUGUCUGUGGACUUUUGUCCUCUCGGGU